AUGCCUCAGAAAAUCACUGUUGCUGUGGCGCAAGCCCGCACUCUCUCUACACUUGAGUUGACUCUUGCUGCUCUCAAGCAAACCACUCAACAUGCAGCUUCAAAGGGUGUCCAUCUUCUGCUCUUUCCAGAAGCUUACCUAGGUGGUUAUCCUCGCACCUGUGACUUUGGAACUGUUUUUGGGGCGCGUGAACCAUAUGGCCGAGAUCAAUUUCUUGAAUACUUCCGUGCUGCGGUCGAUCUAGGCGAUACACCCGCUGGAGGGGGAGAUGACUGGGUCAAGCGCAAGCUCCCAGUAGCUCAAGGUCGAGACCACCGUGGUGAUGGGACAAGAGAGUUCCUUGAGCGGCUGUCCCGAGAAACGGGUGUCUUUAUUGCAACUGGGUUAAUUGAAAAAGCCGGGGGGAGCUUGUACUGCUCCGCGCUGUAUGUUGACCCACUGCGGGGUGUUCUGGGGAAAAGACGAAAGGUCAUGCCUCGGGAUUGGAUCAAUGCUGACCUGAAAUUGUUGAAAAAGACUGGCUCAGAACGCCUUGUAUGGGCCCAGGGCUCUCCUUCUACCCUCAAAGCUAUCACUACGGAGCUCAAUGGAGUCAAGCUUACUAUUGCCGCCGCUAUCUGCUGGGAAAGCUUCAUGCCUUUACUUCGUCAAAGUCUUUACUCGCAAAAUGUGAACAUCUACCUCGCACCCACAGCUGACAGCCGUGACACUUGGUUGCCUCUCAUGCGCACUAUUGGCGGCGAAGGUCGCACUUUCGUGCUAUCUUGCAACCAGUGCGUGCGCUACAAUGAACUACCGUCCUGGAUAACUGAGCAGAGUAAGACUACAGAAGAAACUCCAGACCGCUAUAUCUCGCGUGGUGGCUCCUGCAUAGUCGGACCUUUUGGUGAAGUUGUGGCUGAGCCUAUCUGGGAAGUCUCUACUGAUGAUGCAGCUGAUGGCUCAAGCAUCGAAAAUGGGCUUGUGAUCUCUGAUAUCGACUUAGAGGACUGGACACAUACACCCGCCUUCAUGCAGUUCGCGUUACCUCCGCGGCGGAGCCCGCAUACUGUACCUUUCUCCCGUUCCCCUCGAAUGUCAUCCUACCGCAGGAAACAACUAAAGUCGAUCGCCGUCCUAGCAUUCGCAAUAUCAUCCCUUAUUUAUCUCAUCCACUACCUUUACUCCUCAUCUUCUACAUCUAUUGUGGCCCCGGUGGGGACUUCUGGUGUGGUAAUCGUCACACUGCUAGACCGUCAACGGUUCAGCGAGAGCUAUCUCAAAAAGAUUAUUGCAAACCGGGAGGACUAUGCCAAGCGUCAUGGCUACACCAACUUCUUCGCAAGUGUGUCGGAUUAUGACGAUGCCGUUGGCGACGCCCCAAUGACCUGGGCUGUUGCACCGGCCACCCGCCAUGCCAUGGCUACGCAUCCUCGCUCGGCAUAUUUCUUCCAUCUCGCCACUAAUGCUUUGAUCAUGAACCCUACCAAACCCCUCAAGUCUCACAUUCUGGAGAAGGGCCGUCUUGAAGACUUGAUGAUGAGGGAUGUGCCCAUUGUGCCGCCCGAUAGUAUAAUAAGAACGUUCGCCAAUCAGAAGGAAGCGGACGUGGAACUUAUCCUCACUCAAGACAGCGAAGAUUUGAACCCCGGGAGCUUCAUUUUGAAGAAUGGCGAGUUCGCCCGUUUCUUCCUGGACGUCUGGUUUGAUCCGCUUUUCCGCAACUACAACUUUGCUAAGGCGGAAACCCAUGGACUGGAUCACAUCAUGCAGUGGCACCCAACUGUCCUUGCUCGAACUGCCUUGGUCCCCCAGCGCAUUCUGAGCUCAUAUAGCAGUGACUCGCCGGGUGCUGCUUUAGAUGGGACCUAUAAGGAUGGUGACUUCGUGAUCCAAUUUCAUGGGUGCGAUGAUACAAAGGGCCGGGACUGUGCCCGGGAACUAGAGUCAUACUAUAAGCUAUGGGAGAAGAAGGCACAGAGUGAUUAG